UCCCCAAACCCAUUCCAAGCUUCACCAUCCACACGAGUCCCUUCUUCCCCCAAAUCGAGCGACGAUGUCUGGGCGCGGCAAGGGCGGCAAGGGGCUGGGAAAGGGCGGCGCCAAGCGCCACCGGAAGGUCCUCCGCGACAACAUCCAGGGCAUCACCAAGCCGGCGAUCCGCAGGCUGGCGAGGAGGGGCGGCGUGAAGCGCAUCUCCGGCCUCAUGUACGAGGAGACCCGCGGCGUCCUCAAGAUCUUCCUCGAGAACGUCAUCCGCGACGCCGUUACCUACACCGAGCACGCCCGCCGCAAGACCGUCACUGCCAUGGACGUCGUCUACGCGCUCAAGCGACAGGGCCGCACCCUCUACGGUUUCGGAGGCUAGAUUCAUGUAGUCCGCCAGCAGUGGGGCAACUUCCUCGUUUGCUCUCUGUGAUGUGUGCUGUGGUAGAUGAGAUUUACUGGUUUGCGUGUGUUGUUGUGUUCUGUCUUGGGGUUCAGUAGGCUCUGUAAUAGCUUUGUUCUGUUCAAUGCAAUCAGUUCGAUUCUGAAUCUUGACGAAAAGCUUCACUGUUGAA